CCGGUUUAUUUUGAGGCGGUCUUAUCACAGCUGUCGUAUCGCUGGUGGCCGCCUGUCCGAAACCCCUCGCCACUCUUUCCCUUUUCUCUUCUGGACCUUUGUCCCGAGCCGCGUCGCUCCCUCGUUUGCGCUCGCUGAGGAUUAUGGAGGCUUGUCAGGAGAGCGGCCCCGCCCCCACCGGUCCUGGAGCGUCUCCGGCCCAGGAUCGCCACAUUGACCUGACAGAGGACCUGGGCCAACAGCUGGAGGACAUCAUUAGCACCUACCAGGCAGCCCAGAUUCCAGCUGAGCCAGAGGACAUCGAGGAGGUCACAGCUGCCAAAGAGCCAGAUGCCCGCAAGGACCAGAAACUAGAGAAGAAAAUGCUCAAAAAUCUAGGUAAGGAGGCCAUGCUGUUAAUGCAAAGUUUGAACAAACUCGACACUCCAGAGCAGAAACUGGAAACCAUCAUAAAGAAGCACGCUGAGCUGCUAGAGGAGCAUCGCAGUGACCAGAAGCAGAUGAAGACUCUGCAAAAGAAGCUGCUCCAAGUGAUGAAGGAGAAGGACCAGCUGCAGAGCGAGCACAGCAGGGCGGUGCUGGCUCGCAGCAAACUGGAGGGGCUCUGCAGGGAGCUGCAAAGGCACAACAAGACCUUAAAGGAGGAGACGCUGCAGCGGUGCAGAGAAGACGACUUAAAGAGGAAAGAGAUCACCACCCACUUCCAGGGGACCCUGAGCGACAUCCAAGCCCAGAUAGAGGAGCACAGCAGCCGCAACACCAAGCUGUGUCAGGAGAACGGCGCCCUGGCAGAGAAACUCAAGGCCCUCAUUGCACAAUACGACCAGCGAGAGGCGAACUUGGAAAAAGUUUUCAAGCACAGAGACCUGAAGGAGAAACUUCUGGAAACCAAGCUAGAGCAGGCCAAUCUGAUCCUGAAGGAGGCUGAGGGGAAGCACAAGCUGGAGAAAGAGCUCCUUCUUAAACAAGUGGCGGAGUACAAGCUGCAGCUGAGCGGCCUGAAGGAGCAAGAAACAGACAUGAGGAGUCAGCUUGACAUGUACUCCAAAAAGUUUGACGAGUUCCAAGGUACGGUGUCGAAGAGCAACAGCGUCUACAGCGGCUUCAAACAGGACAUGGACAAAAUGGCCAAGAAAAUGAAGAAGCUGGAGAAAGAGUGCCAUUCAUGGAAGACGCGCUUUGACAGCUGCAACAAGAAUCUCAUUGACAUGGUGGCUGAUAGAACCAUCAAGGAAAAGGAGUUUGAGCUUCUCACUAUCAAGAACCAGAAGCUCGAAAGUCUUUGCAGGGCUUUACAGGAGCAAAGAAAGAAUCUAUCUGAGCAAGUACAGGGAGCUCAACCAGACAAACACGCUGAUGAGCAAGCGCAGAAGGAAGGCGGUGAUGUGCCGGAGGCUCCUACAGAUCAAAAAGAGGAUCAUCCAGCUCAGGACACAGGAAACCCCGCCUUCGCUGAAUCGCCAGCGCAAACAACUCCACUAACCGAGGCACUGGCUAAACUGAAGGCUGAGCAGGCUCUAUUGAAAGAGAUUGCUGGUUCUUUCACAAUAUUUCACACUUCACCCACAGAAUCAGCAGAUAGUCAGUCACAUGGACUCUCCGAGGGCAUCGAAGGGCCAGAGAAGAAGCAGGGAGAGGAGAGCAAACACCAGGACAUCCACAAGGAUCAAAAUCAAGAACAGCGAGAUCGGGAGAUGGAGUCAGUUGAUUAAUGCAGAAACCGCUGCGACAGAAAACCCGCUGCAUGUGAGAAUACAAAAAAUAUUAAUAAAAAAAACCCAACGUGA